AUGAAGCAGGUGGGCAAGAGACCCAUGGUGGGCACCGCCCCUCUGAGACCCACCUGGGCCCUCGGCGAGGACAUUCAGCAGUUCCUGCACAUGCAGGGAGGCUGGUGGCCGCGGGCCCCCUGUCCUGUGUCCCCGUUCACUCCAGGAGCGCUGGCUCAGCCCUGGCAGGGCCUCACUCCAUUGCCCCCUUGUCCUUGGAGGGGCAGUCCACCCCCCGGAAUCCUGCCACCAUGGCCCUCUGACUGCUUAGUGCUUCAGCCGUCCCUCCCCUGCGUCCCGGGGGACCUGCUGGCGGCCUCCUCCGGGAAACCAAGACCUCAAACCUCACCCAUGCUCCAGAUUGAGACCCCACCUCCCCCGCAGCGAAUGUUCUCCUGCUGCCCGGCAGCCUGCACUUUGCACACGCUUGUCUCCAGCACAGCGCCCUGGCCCUCGCCUGCCCAUCCACUGAGCCCUUCCCAAGGAUCCCUGGGCACUGCCUGCCGUGCGGUCAGCAGCCCAGCCCUCAGCCCGGCUGGAACGUGGCAUUGCCCUGCCCCUCCCUGCCCUCUCCGGUUGGCUCCAGCUCAGGCCUGA